UGAAGCGCGCCCAAAUGACGGGAGAGUGCUCCGAACUCGAGAUUCCCAAAACGGUCCGCAUGAGCGAAAAGGACUGAUCGAUGCAAGCUCUGAGCGUCAUUCUUUCGCUUGUGAUUGUCAAUCUCGACGACCUCUUUGGCGGCGGGAGACUUGAGCAGCACACAGAUUUGGCCUCGGGCUCUCACCUCUUUAGCUCAGUCACGACCGCCCAAAGUGCGGCCAUGACAGCUUCAAGAUCGACAGUGGACCCAUGUCUGGCUGCCAGCUGCUCUUGGUCAGAUCGUCACAUGGGAUGGCAGCCCUACGUGCUACGAAUCGACGUUCGUAGCCAAGUCGUGGUCAGCGAGCGAGCUCUAUCGAGAGGCUUGAGUUGCUGAAGAUAUGUACGGCUUCUCCCGCGAUUGUUGUGUCUCACCCAUAACCUCAAUCUUCAUGCUGAUUGAGUGAUUCUUACGCCGUCCUUGGCAAGUGGUCGCACCUGUGAGUAGCCACAUUUAGAAGAUGCGU